AUGGCUUUAAAGAAAGUUAAGGGGAACUUUGAGAGAAUGUUCGAUAAAAAUCUCACGGAUCUAGUCCGAGGAAUACGAAAUAAUAAAGAUAACGAGGCUAAAUAUAUAGCACAAUGCAUGGAAGAAAUCAAAGUAGAAUUAAGGCAGGAUAACAUAGCAGUGAAAGCUAAUGCUGUCGCUAAACUCACGUAUCUUCAAAUGUUGGGGUAUGACAUAUCAUGGGCAAUAUUCAACAUUAUAGAAGUGAUGAGCUCUAAUAAGUUUACUUAUAAGAGAAUUGGUUACUUAGCUGCUAGUCAAUCAUUCCAUGCUGAUUCUGAAUUAUUGAUGCUUACUACUAAUAUGAUAAGGAAAGAUCUGAAUGCUCAAAACCAGUAUGAAGCUGGACUUGCACUCAGUGGUCUGAGCUGCUUUAUAUCCCAUGACCUAGCUAGAGAUCUUGCAAACGAUAUCAUGACACUGAUGAGUUCAACAAAACCUUAUUUGAGAAUGAAGGCUGUGCUUAUGAUGUACAAGGUAUUUUUAAGGUAUCCAGAGGCACUGAGACCUGCAUUCCCAAAACUAAAAGAGAAAUUGGAGGACCCAGAUCCUGGUGUACAAUCAGCUGCUGUAAAUGUAGUGUGUGAAUUAGCCAGGAAAAAUCCCAAAAAUUACCUCUCCCUGGCUCCAGUGUUCUUUAAACUGAUGACUACAUCUACCAACAACUGGAUGCUUAUCAAGAUCAUUAAACUGUUUGGUGCCUUAACCCCAUUAGAGCCUCGACUUGGCAAGAAACUGAUAGAACCAUUAACUAAUUUAAUACAUAGCACAUCGGCCAUGUCGUUGUUGUACGAGUGCAUAAACACCGUGAUCGCGGUGCUGAUCAGCAUCAGCAGCGGUAUGCCGGGCCACGCCGCAUCUGUGCAGCUUUGUGUUCAGAAACUUAGAAUACUCAUUGAAGACAGCGACCAGAACCUAAAGUAUCUGGGUCUUCUGGCGAUGUCACGAAUACUCAAGUCUCACCCUAAGUCCGUUCAAGCCCACAAAGAUCUUGUGCUAGCAUGCUUGGACGAUAAAGAUGAAUCUAUUAGACUGAGGGCUCUAGGAUUAUUGUAUGGAAUGGUAUCAAAGAAGAACUUAAUGGAGAUAGUUAAAAAGUUAAUGGUCCACAUGGAGCGCGCUGAAGGUACUCUGUACCGGGAUGAGUUGCUCACACGCAUGAUCGAAAUAUGCUCUCAGAACAACUAUCAGCAUGUGGUUGACUUCGAGUGGUAUGUCACUGUACUAGCGGAGCUCACCGAAAUGGAAACUAGUGCGAAACACGGUUGCAUCAUAGCCGGCCAGUUGACAGAAGUAGGUGCUCGUGUGGCAGACGUGCGAGCGUUCGCGGCGCGCGAAUGUUCAGCGAUAUGUUCGCGAGCGGCCGCCUCGCCCCCCGGGCCCGCAACAAGAGAGGUCCUAUAUGCCGCAGCUUACGUUCUAGCAGAGUAUUGUCAGGAAGAGCAAGUGAUGCGCGAAUCUGUAUCUCCGCUUUUAUUAUGUGCGGGCGUGGGGGGCGGGCACAUGCGCGCGCGCGCUGUCUGCGUGCACGCCGCCCUCAAACUCACCGCCAAACUGUUAUCCAUCUAUGAAGCGAGAGGGGAACUUACUGCGGCUCUGUCUGUAGUCCGCGAGGCUCUAGCAGGUCUCCGGCCGCUGCUCUGCAGCGAAGAUAUGGAGGUGCAGGAGAGAGCUCACAACGCUCACGCGCUCCUCGCGCUAGUGAUGCGACGACUCAGCCCCAGCGAUGAUUCGCUGCCACCAACCACCACGCUGCUGGACCACGACCAGAGUAAUGGCUUGGAAAAUGAGACCCUUGGCUGCGAAUUGAAUGGGGAAGGACCGAAAGGAUUCAGUGGUGGCCUCAUAGAAGAACUUGUAGAUCUAUUCGACGGUGAAUUGAAACCAGUGGCGCCUAAAGCACAGAAAAAAGUACCCAUGCCUCCUGACCUUGACUUGGACCAAUGGAUAUCACGUGAUCGCUGGUCGUCGGACAGCUCUAGCUCGGAGGAGGAGGGCGAGGGGGCCGUUUUCGCAGCGCCGCCACCAGAUCCACGGCCCACGGCACAGUUCACGCCCGAGGAACUGCAAAUGUUACGUGAAGCUCGGCGGCAAGAGCAAGCGAAUAAUCCACAUUAUCUGAAGGAUGACUCGCCGCGUUCGUAUCAACAGGACGACAUACCUAUAGCGGAGAUAGCGCUAGAAGUGCCCUUGCAAAUACACACUAAGAGAUCUGAUAAGUACUUAAUGACGAGAGAGAGUUCGAAGAAAACAAAGAAAGAGAAGCGAUCGUCUAAGAAACGGAAGAGUAAAAAGGCGGUUCACACCAGCGAAUCUGAAAGUGAAGAGGGCGGUGGUAUGGGAGUGGUAGCGCCGCGUCCUGCGGUGGCCGAGGGGGGGGAACUGCCGGAGGGGGCGGCGCCCUCCGACGAGGAGCCGCCGCCGCCGCCUGACGACCCACACCGGGCACUGGACCUGGACCUAGACCUGUGAGUACUCUACACUCGCUCAUAC